AUGAGAAUAUAAGGUGAAAGUUAAUAACCAUAAAAUCUUGAUGGAUAGAAUACCAAGGCAGGGGUAGAUAAAAAACGUAAAGUAUCAUUCAAAUACCCAAUUGAUGCACUUAUCAUAGACCAGUUCAACAUUCUAACAAAGCCUCAUAUUUUCAACAGGACUAGUCUCGGUAUACUUCAUAAUAGUUAAAAUAUCCAGUAGAAACAAUCAAAUUAAUAAGUGUAAAAUAUGAAUAAUAGUGGUGGCAUAAGUAAAGCUGCGAUUGAAAGUAAAGCAUUAAAACAAUCAUUAUUCAGAAUAAAUAACACUCAAAUUAAUGUAAAGCCAAAUAAUAGAAAUGAUAGCAAUAAUAGGACAUCUCCAAUUCAACAUCCAACUAAAUAAUAAUUGAAGAAUAGAAGUUAUAGAAACAGCAGUGUGAUUUAGACUAGUGCUUAGAUGGGUGAAUUCAUGUCUAAGAGAAGAAUGCUAUCUUAAAGUGAAUUACAGUCACCAAAAAGCUCUUCUAGGGAUCUUUAGAAAUCUCAGACUCCUAUAAUUAUUGAUUCUUAGCCAUCCUCGCCUGUAUUUAACUAGAAUCUAAGAAUGAAUUUCCACGGAAGAAAAGCCUCUGAUAUCAGAUCUUAAGUAAGCUUAGGCACCUCUGCUAAUUUGACUAGUGCAAUGCUCCCUGAAUUAAUUCAAAACAUCUGCAACUCAAAGAAAGACUUUACUCAUUUUAGCGGUAUUGUCUAGUAUCCACAUUCCAUCAUUAAUAAAACUUUCGGAGUCAACAUGGGAUUUACUAAUGGAUUUCAUAAGAUAAUGUAUGCAGAUGACAGACUUAACAGUUAGGAUUUGAAAUUUCAAAGGCAAAUUAGAUAGAUCCGAAUUAUGCAAGAAAAGGAAAAAAAGCGCUAAGAAUAUCUAGAGACACAAAGGAAUAAAAGAUUUUUGGAAAAUGAGCAAAGAGCGUAAAAUACUUUUGGCAAAAAUCAAGGUAAGAAGAAAAGCAAGUAGAAGAAUACAGGAAUUUUGGAGGAAAAUCAAAAUGCUUACUUUGAUGCCUAGAGCACUUUAGUACCGAAAAAAUUAGGCAGCUAUUUCUAUAUAAAAAUAUCUAAAAGGAUAUAUGAUUCUAUUAAGAUGCAAAGACUUCAUCAAAAUUUUGAAUUCUUUAAGAAAAUGAAGACAAAGAUUGAAAUAGAAGCAGCUAUUACAGUCUAAAAAUUUUGGAAAAAUCACAAGGAAUAAAUGAAGCCAACAGUAAAGUAGGAGAUAAACUAGAAUGCAGAGUCUGGUCAGUAAAAGAUCAAGAAUAAAAAUGGCAAAGAUAAGCAAUCAACUAAGAAUGCUCAUCUGGCUCAGCAGCAACUUAAGCCUUAAAAUGAUAAAAAGCAAGGGAAUAAUUCCCAAGGAUAAGUAACAAAUGCCAAAAAAGUGUCCUAGGCUAUACAAAAUUAUAAGAAUCAAAUAGUAAAUACGAGCUAGGAUGAUGGAAAAGCAGGAGCUAAUCAUAAUAGAGAUGUAAGAAAGGGAUCCUAAACAAAGCAAGGAUUUUACUAGGGACCUAAUGAGAUUAGCAGAUAAACUUCUAAUAAUAGAACAAUGAAGCAGAUAAAUUUACCAUUUAAAGAGGAUUAGACUUCGAAUACAAUAGCAGGAAAUAAGACGAAGAAAAAUUUUAACCCAAGCUAAUUUUAAAAUCUGGAGCAAAUAAAAUUGAGUGACUCCCAGGAUUUGGACUCUGAUCAUUCAAAAAUCAACGUGAAUUUUGAUUAGAAUGGACAGAAUUCAACUAAGCAUUAUGAUUAGCUUUCUAAGUAGAGCUCAAAUUUCAAUCUUGUUAUCAAUCAUGACCAGUCAAUAGAUUAAUUCUUAAGUAGUGAUCAAACUAAGAGGAAAUCAAAUGCUGGUGUUCCUGCUUUAGAUUCAGAAAAUUUAAAGCUACUAAGGAUUUAGGAAGAAUCUAUAAGUCCCUCUCAGUCUGUUAAUACAAAAAGAUCCUAAUUUGUGGUGAAAGAUACUAGCAGAUCAAGAAGUUAUGCUGUUGAGAGUAACAGAGAAACAGUCUCUGAUCUUAUGAUGAAUGAAGAUUCGAAUGAUUACCCAAUCGAGCCAAAUAGUCCAUUCAAAAAUAUAACUACAAGUUAAAAUCCCUUGCACUAGAAACUUUAAAAAUCUAUUCAACAAAAAAUCAUUAAUGAGCUAUAAAAACUCCAAAGAUAAAAAUAGAAUACCAACAAUAAUAAUCAAAAUUAUCUUGGAGAUUAAAAGAACUCAUAAAUUUAGAAUAAUAUGAGGAAAAGCUUUCUUAGUAAAGUUCAUAAGACACCGAUGGUUACUUCUGAUCGAAGAGUAUUCCAAUAAAAUUCUCUGCUUUAAUAAUUGGGUUCAGGGUUAGCAGCUGGAGUAAAAAGACUUCCAGAGCCUAAGCAUUCUUUUGUUGGAAUCCAUGGUAUAACUCAGCUUGGUCAAUUGAUUUAGCCAGGCACAAAUGUGACCUAAAAUAAUUCUGCAAGGAAUAACUAAGAUUCAGGGAGAAGAUUAGUUCAUUAGAUUCCUUCGAAAAUCUCACUAAAUAGAGCAGCACAAAGUUCAAAGUAUGAAAAGUCUGAGGAAUAUUCUAUAAGACUCUAACCAGUUAGCAGUUCUAAACUUAGUCCUUAGAAAAAUAACACUAAAGUAACAAUGCUUAAAUUAGGAAAAUUAGAUGAUGUAAGCAAUUCAAAGUAAAGUUCCAAUCAGAAUUCAACUUAAAAGAAGGUAAAAUAGAACAAGGGUUCUAAAGCAAAAGAGGAAACUAGUAACUCAGAGGAUGAGGAUUAGGAAAAUUAAGAUGAGGAAUAUGAUAACAGUGAUGAAGAAGAGGAAAAUGAGCAGGAAGAGGAAGCAGAAGAGGAAGAAGAGGAGGAGUAUGAAUAAGAGGAUUACACUAACUCUGCGAGAAACAAGACUAAUUAUACUUAAAAUACUCAGAGAUGA